CUUGCAGUUUCCUCCCCCUUUUGCAGGAAGUGACACACGUUCGCAACCGGGUCAGCUGGGACUCCGCUUUCCUCGCCCACCCCUCGCAACUUCGCAAAGCCUGGGCGCUCAGGCGGGCGCAUGGGAUUCCUGCAAUGGGAAGGUGGAGGCUGUUGUGGCGGUCUUGGGGCUGCAGUAAGAGCAAUUUCUCGGCACCCACGGUACUCCACUACCGGAAUGCCUCCUCCCUUGCUCUCCCCCGGCAACCUGUGCCAUCGUUGGCCCAAACCAUGAGCCAAUACCUGCACUCUCUGGAGCCCCUGGUGAGCCCCAAGGACCUGGAGCAGACACGGCAGCUGGUGGCAGCCUUUGAGGCCCCAGGCGGAGAAGGCGAGAGGCUCCAGGUGCGGCUGAAAUGCAGAGCGGCCCGCAUGGAGAACUGGAUCAGAGAUUGGUGGAUUCAGACAGCCUAUUUGGAGAAUCAUCUUCCCCUGGUUGUUCACUCAAGCCCAGCUGUUGUCCUACCCAAGCAGGAUUUCAGUGACUGGAGAGGACAAUUGAGAUUUGCAGCCAAGCUCAUUGCGGGUGUGCUGGAUUUCAAGGCAAAGAUUGAUCGCCAGACCCUGCUAGUGGAGUAUUCCCACAGCCACCCACUCAGCAUGGAUUGCUAUUCUCGCCUCUUUGCCUCUUGCCGACUCCCUGGACGAAAACGUGACUCUAUUUUACUGCCUCCACCUGGACGGAAACCCCCAAAUUAUAUUACCGUUGUUCGCAACUUCCAGUUCUUCCGGCUUGAAGUAUACAACAGUGACGGGACGCCCCUGACCAUUGACCAGCUCUAUCUGCAGCUCCUGAAAAUCCGCUCUUUUUCUUGGAAGUUGGAUAAAGAGCCCUUGGGGGUCCUCACCAGUGACCAUCGACAUACCUGGGGAGAGGCCUUCACUACUCUCAUGAAAGAUAAGCUGAACCAGGAAUCGGCUCUGACGAUACAACGUAGCCUCUUCACCGUCUGCCUGGACGCCCCUAUCCUGAAGGUGUCCGACACUCACGCCCAAAGCCGUUUGGCAGCUCAAAUGCUGCACGGUGGAGGGAGCUAUUCCAACAGCGGCAAUCGCUGGUUUGACAAGACGCUGCAGUUCAUUAUCGGAGAAGAUGGCACCUGUGGGGUCCUUUAUGAACAAGCCAUUGCUGAGGGGCCACUGAUUGCCACCGUCAUUGACUACGUUCUUGACUAUUGGCGUGCAAAGCAGAACCUGGAUGUCCUGAUCAGUGACCUGGACAUCCGCUGUUUCACCUAUGACGGCUUUGGAAAGGAGUUCCUCAAAAGCCAAAGCUUGAGUCCUGACUCGGUCGUCCAGGUAGUGCUGCAGUUGGCGUAUUACAGAGCACACGGGCAAUUGUGUCCCACCGCAGAGUCAGCCUCGCUUCGUCGCUUCCAUCAGGGCCGGUCAGAAAUCAUACGCUCUGCUACCUCGGCCGUGCUGGCUUUUGCCCAGGCAAUGGCUGAUGAGAAGUGCCAGGCCCCUGAAAGAUUAUCUCUCCUGAAAGAAGCAGCUGAGUUCCACAGCACCCUCACGGAGCAGGCUCUGGAUGGGCAAGGCAUCGACUGCCAUUUGCUUGGGCUGAAAAUGGAGGCCAUAGCGGAUGGUUUCCAUGUGCCCGAGCUUUUUAUGGAUAUUUCCUAUACCAUGGCUUCGUACUGGAAACUCUCCACAGGACAGGUCGCUUCCCGCACGGACUGCCUCAUGUGUUACGGGCCCCUCGUGCCUGACGGCUACGCUGUUUGCUACAACCCUUUGCCUUCCCAUAUUAAUUUUGCUAUCACUGCUUUCAACUGCUGUGAGGAAACCAAUGCCACUUACUUUGCCAAAAACAUCCAGGACGCCCUGGCUGAUGUGAGGGCCUUGUUGGGGAACUUUGGAGAGGGCCAGCCUGAAAGACUUUGAAAAAUAUUUUGAACUUCACUUCAGACUUCCAACAUGACCGAAGGCAUCUCUCUAGUUUGGCCAACAGAUGACCCUAUCUUUGAGAAAUCCCCAAUCUCUUCCUUGCCUUUCCUUUGGGCCAAAAUUUGGGAUGCAGCAUCUUCCAGCAUUCCUAAUCCGUAAUGUCCUUUGCCAGCCCUAGCAGGAUUUGUGGGAAAAUGGCUGUCUUGAUAUAAAUAUAUACAUAUAUAUACAUCUUCUAAAUGCAAGAUCAGGUCUAAUUUAUUUCCAGAAUAAAGAAAUUCAAAACACAAA